AUGGCCGCUGUUGAAGCUUCUCUUCCUCCGCUCUUCGACAAGAUCGAAGAGCUGUCUUCGGACUUUGUUGCCCGUCUCUCGAAAGCCGUGUCGAUUCCCUCGGUCUCCGCUGACUUCACUCUGCGACCCAAGGUCGUCGAGAUGUCCAAGUUUCUCGAAAAAGAACUCAAGGCUCUCGGUGCUACCGUCGAGCUCCGCGAGUUGGGCAAGCAGGAAGGCGCCGACAUCGACCUUCCCCCCAUUGUCCUCGCCCGCUACGGCACCGAUCCCAACAAGCGCAACAUCCUUGUCUACGGCCACUACGAUGUCCAGCCCGCACUCGUCGAGGACGGCUGGAACACCGAUCCCUUCAAGCUUAUUGAGAAAGACGGCAAGCUGUACGGCCGUGGCUCCACCGACGACAAGGGACCGGUCAUUGGCUGGAUCAACGCUAUCGAGGCGCACCAGAAGGCUGGUGUUGAGUUCCCGGUCAACCUGGUGAUGUGCUUCGAGGGAAUGGAGGAGUACGGCUCUGACGGUCUUGAUGACCUAAUUCGUGCUGAAAAAGAUAAGUUCUUCAAGGGCGUCGAUGCCACCUGCAUUUGCGACAACUACUGGCUCGGCACCACGCAUCCUGCCUUGACGUACGGUAUUCGAGGCUGCAGCUACUACGCCCUCACUAUCUCCGGUCCUGCUGCGGAUUUGCACUCUGGUGUCUUUGGCGGCAUGGUUUCCGAGCCAUUGAUUGAUCUCACUCAUAUGCUGUCGAAGCUGGUUUCACCCCAGGGAAAGAUCCUGAUCCCUGGCGUUAUGGAUUUGGUUGCUCCAUUGACUGCUGAGGAGGACGAGAUCUACGACAAGAUCAAGUACUCGAUGCAGGAUCUUUACGAUGCAACUGGAUCGAAGACCAACCUCUACGAGACCAAGAAGGAGUCUUUGAUGGCCAGAUGGCGCUACCCUACCCUUUCGCUUCACGGUAUCGAGGGUGCAUUCUCCGCCCCUGGAGCCAAGACCGUGAUUCCCGCCAAGGUUGUCGGUAAAUUCUCGCUCCGAACUGUACCCGACAUUACUCCUCGUGCGCUCGACGAGCUUGUGUUUAAGUACAUCAACGAUUGCUGGGCGGAGCUCGGAUCGAAGAACAAGAUGGAGAUCACGCUACUGCACGAUGGAAUGUGGUGGCUGUCGAGUCCUAAGCACUGGAACUUUGAGGCCGCGAAGAAGGCUACGAAGGCGGUUUGGAACGUUGAGCCUGACCUUACCCGUGAGGGUGGUUCGAUUCCUGUUACCUUGACUUUUGAGGAGGAGUUGAAGCGUAACGUUCUUCUCUUGCCUAUGGGCCGUGGCGAUGAUGGCGCGCACUCGAUCAAUGAGAAGCUCGACUUGGUGAACUACAUCAACGGAAUCAAGACUUUGAGUGCUUACCUUCACUAUGCGUCGGUCGAGCCUACUGCAUAA